AUAAUGGAACAUCAACACUGUUGACUUACAUUAACUUCGAUGAAAUAAUUCACUUAAAGCGAUCAUAUUUCGAUAAGUCGACGCCUAAACAACUACAUACUUUUACUCCAUAAUGGAGAAUAAUAUGACGGAAGAAAAAAGUCAAGAAAACAAACAAAAUAUGGAGUAUUCAGAAGAAAAUGAAUGCAAAAUCAAGAUUCGGAAAGUCAUGUAUACUGUUAAACCUGUGACUGUGUUAGAAUACUGCUUCGCAAUGUUUAAGUACAAUUUUUGUGACGGACAGCUUCAGCCAACCAAAACAGGAAUGAAAAUUUACUCUUCUUUAUGCAUAAUAGUGUAUGCUUUAGUGUUUUUUAGAUUUUUGAUCAUGCCUAUUGCAGACUAUCCGUACAUAAUAUUGGUGCCCCCUAUAUGUGCAUUCAUCCAUUACGUCAUCUCUUCAUUUAUUACCUUCUUUCUAUCCGGCUCGAAAGCUUAUAUUUGUAUAUUUACAACGAUUGCUAAGUUAGACCAGUUAUUGCAAGUUGACGUUGUUAAAGAUUUUUACAAAAAAUCACGUUCACGAACGAAUAUACUCGUAUUCAUUGCGGUUUCUAUCCAUACUCUUAAUUGUUUCUUAGAAAUUAUAGGCGAUCUCAAAGAAUAUGUGAUGACACUCACCUCAUUUAAUUUGUUUUUUACUCAAAGAAUUGAAUUAGCAUCUUUUUUUAAUUGUGUUGCCAUGGUAACUGACAGACUGAAUGUAGUAAACAAAUUCUUGGAUACCUUUGUUACUGAACAGGACAAAAAGGACAUCACAGUUUUCAUUGUAAAGGAAAGAAAAAAAGAAUCAAAAGAAACGUUGAAUUUUAUUGGACGUGCUUCGGAAAAUAAUGUAAAGAUACGAGACUUGGCGGCGAUAUAUGACAUACUUGGAAGAACUUGUAUGAUGAUUAACAAAGUGUACAAUUUUAGUCUACUGAUGAUUCUGACCAACUCGCUGGCGUUUAUACUAAUAACAUUUUGGCAGGCGCUUUCCUUCUACCAAUCUCAGGAAAUGGAUUCAAGUGAUUUGAUUUACAUGGCAGUUUGGUGCAUGAGUACAAUAUCCAACCUAAUCGCACUAGCGUUCGGCUGCGAAAGAUUGCUACGAGCACGAAAUAAGACUAGGAUUCUGGUCAACAAGAUAGUAAUGGACUAUGAUCUCCCUAGGAGUAUGAGAGUGCAAGCCAAAGCUUUCAUGGAACUUGUGGAAGUCUGGCCAUUACAUAUUUACAUAUACGAUAUGUUUACUGUCGAUAUCACGUUAAUCUUGAAGUUUAUUAGUGUAGCCACGACCUAUUUAAUAGUUAUCAUUCAAAUAUCUCAUCUAAUUUAA